AUGUUGGAUGGUGCACAACCAUCUGAUGUCACGGUAGACAGUUCUUCUAAUGCUCCAGGGGAUCUACCAUCAGAUUCACAGAAACCAAAGGGAUGGAGUCCAGCUAAUACAGACCAAAACCCUAAACUAAUCUAUAAGUUAAACGAUGCAGAUGGUACAUCAGAAUUGUUCUCCAUAACGUUUGAUGAAACCAAUGUUGAAUCUGUAAUUGUGAAAAUUAAACAGGAUGCAACUGUAAUAGAUAGAAUACCUGUUGACAACUUUGACAGUCCCAUCAGUCUAGGUGGAAAACCUGGAAACAUCAUCGAAUUGAUUAUUAAACCAGACACUACUGAUGAGACACCAACAAUUAGUAAUGUGGUUAUUAAGGCAUGUUUCGAAGAGAUUGGAACAACUACUGCUAUUACUACAACAGCCCCCACCACACCAUCGACACAAACAACUGGAACCAGUGCCAUAACCACCCCAAGUGUUAGUAUCACUUCAACACCAUCGUCAACUACAGAAACAACUGUCACUUCACCAAGUGUUUCUUCAACAACAACCGUUUUGACAACAACAGUAACAAUGACACAACACAAAACAACAGCAGUUGGACCAACAUCAAGUCCAACAACUCACAUCGACCCAGUUACCAUGACACCGUUCCCACCACUGCCAACAACUAAGGAACCUACAACGCAGAUUAUAACAUCACCAAAGACAACAACUGUUGUAUCCACUACAACAGAGUGUAUGAAGACAACCCUGGAUGAACUUACUCCAACAAUGUUAACAGUUACUACCGACGAUUCUGCCAAUGGAUUUAACCCAGAAGACAUAUUGUUAUCCUCUGGAUGGAUUGCCGAUGGUAGAAACCCUGUAAUUGUUUUGAAACUGAAUGAUGAGGACGACAGUCCAAAGAUUUACCAAGUUAGCAUGACUGUCACAAAUGUCAAACAGAUAGAAGCUGAAUUAAAGAAUGUUGACGGAGUAUCAGUAGCAACUGUAACAGAAAAUCCAACAUCUACUAACGAAGAAACAGUUGUUUUAACUUUCGAUGGUGAAACCGGCACAGAAAUUGUUAUAAAACUUGUAUCGCCCCUAAGAGGAGAACCACCUAUAGUGUCCGAUACAGAAGUUGAGGCUUGCAUUCAUCCAAAAGAGAUUACAACUGUCAUCUCAACGACGCCAGGUUCAACAACUUUGGUAUCGACAACAACAGAGUGUAUGAAGACCACUUUAGAUGAACUUACUCCAACAAUGUUGACAGUUGAUACCGACGAUUCUGCCAAUGGAUUUAACCCAGAUGAUAUAUUGGGAACCAAUGGAUGGAUUGCCGAUGGUAGAAACCCUGUAAUUGUUUUAAAACUGAAUGACGAGGACGACAGUCCAAAGAUUUACCAAGUUAGCAUGACUGUCACAAAUGUACGAAGGAUAGAAGCUGAACUAAAGAACGUAGAAGGAAUAUCAGUGACAACUGUGACGAAAAAUCCAGAAUCAACCGGAGAAGAACCAGUAGUUUUAAGUUUCAAUGGUGUUAUUGGUACAGAAAUUGUAAUUAAACUGGUGUCACCACUACGAGCUGAACCACCUAUUGUUUCUGAUACAGAAGUAAUUGCUUGUAUUCAUCCAAAAGAGAUUACAACAGUCGUCAUACCUACUCUAUCAACUACACACAUCUUACCUCCUACAACAUCAACAACUUUGGCACCAACAACAACUGCUAUCAUGGAGUGUCCUGUAGAUACCGUAUCUGAACCAGUAGAUGUUGAAAAUGUUAUUACAUCAUCUAAUCCAACUGAUGCAGAUCAAGUUCUUGAACCUGAAGGAUGGACUCCAGCACCUGAUGAUGAUACUCCAACCGUUGUAUUGACAUGGGAGGAACCGGCAUCAAUUAUGGAUGUAAUCGUAGUAACAGAAGAGGUUGACACUGUCCGAAUCAUUGUUUACAAUGACGAUGAAGUUGUUUUUGAUGAGCCUAUCAAGGUAUGA